AUGGUUGAUAAUACAUAUAUAAAAUUCACCCAUUUCUAUAUAGAAGCCACAAACGUUUUGGAGAAAAAUUAUGAAAAUUAUUCUGUCUCAUUACAACCUAUUCUCAAAGCUUUAGUUGAUUUUAAUUCUUUAUUGUGUCGUGAUUACAAAAAUUUGAUAUGGAUUGAAAAAUUUUUUGAAGAAAAUUUUGAUACAAUUCAAAAAUGUUUCAUUAACAUACAUUUUAUAUUAUGUGAUGAGAAGAGAGAUAUUGAUUUAAGAUUAUUAUCUGGUCAAUCAAUUUAUAAAUUAUUAAAAGAAAUUCCAAGAAAUGUAAUGAAACCAUUGAUAAAAAAUAUUGUUCCUGGUUUAUUAAAUAAUUUUUCUGAAGCAGCUAUUUAUAAAGGAAGUAAUACAAAUAGUGACAUUGUACUUAUUUGUCUCAAUUUAAUAGAAAGUGUUGUCAUGAUAACAUAUGAUGAAUGGAUUGAAAAAAGAGGUAGUCAAUUUGAGGUUAUUCUCAAAAGAAUUAUAUCAAAUUUAACGACACACAAAAAUAAUAAUGUUAGAUUAAAAGUUUUGUCUAUGUUAAGAAAUUUCAAUGAAACAUUUAAAAUUAAAUUUCCUCAGAUAAAGGGUAUGUUGAUUGAGGUAUGUAUUAAUAUUUACAAUGAUGAAAAUACUGUUAUUAAAAAUGAAAUUAGUAAUAUUUUUGAAAAAUAUAUAGAAUUAGAUAAAUCAUCUUUCAUUCGCCACCUGACAAAAGAAUUAAAUAUUUCACUUGAUAAACUUUCAUUAUCAAAUUUAUCUUCAACAACAAAAAAUCAAAUUGAUAUUAGUAGAGUGUUACUUCGUAUUCAUAAUUUAAUUGUUAUUCUUGGACCAAAAUAUUUAUCAACAAUAUUGUCUGUUUCUACAAAAUUAAUAGACACUAUUGCAUCUAUUUUAUCUGUAAAUAUUGACAAAGUUUCUAUUGUUACAGAAAGAGAAAGUGAUUCAUAUCAAAAUUCUUUGCAAUUUUUUAAUUCAAUUGAAUUAAAAAAUAAUGUCAAAAAUGAAUUAAUAUUAAAUAUUUGUGAUAUUUUAAUAAAAAGUGGAAAUACAAAUGAUCUAUUUGAUAACAUAUUAAAUGUUGUUAAUAUGUCUAAUGUAGAUGGAAAAAUAAGUUAUUUUAUGUUAUGUACAGGUUUACUUUUAAAAAUUGAAUCAAAUGAGAAUGGUCAAUAUGAUAAUUCAUUAUUAUUAUUACUUGAAAUUUCAAUACAAAAUUUAAUAUCAUAUGAAAAACUUUUUGAAAUAAAAGAACAAGAUAAAGAAAUUUCAAGUGAUGUUUUUACAACAACAAAAGAAUCAUUUUUAGUAUCAAUUUUAUUAGUUUUGGGUAGUGAAAUUGUUUCUAAACUUCAUUCAAAAUUAAGUUAUAUUGAUCUUAUCAAUAAUUUUUAUUAUACUUUAUUUACAUAUACAUUUUGUAAUAAUUCUUCAAUAUGUCAAGUAACAGGAUUAUCUAUUAAUAUUAUUAUGAAUCCUUAUUUUUAUAGAUCUAUACCAUCAUUAGUAUUUUUAUGUAAUACAAAUUUAAAAGAUUAUACAAAAUGUUCAAGGGCAGCAAAUGUACUUUCAGGAUUGAUAUUUUAUCUUAAAGAUAAGGAUGAUUGUAAUAUCAAUCUUUAUGAAGAGACAAAAUAUAUUGUUGAGGAUAUUCUUUUAUCAUUAGAUCAUAACAAUCAAACAAGAAUAUUUAAUCUAUUGAAAACAUUAUACUCUUUUGUUAAUGCUUCUAAUUCAUGGUUUGGUGAAUUAAAAAGUACCUAUGAUUAUGAGAAAGAUGAAGAAGAGAUUUUACCAGAGGUUAUAAUACUAAUACAUAAAAUAUUAACUAGAACUAAACAUUUAAUAUUAUCUGAUUUCUUACCAAUACAAGUUAUUGUUUUUGAUAUCAUGAAAGAAGGAUUAUAUUUUUGUAGAAAUUUUAGAAAUAAAACAUUACCUAUUAUAUAUGGUAAUUGGCAAAGUAUAAAAUAUAAAGUAAUCCGAUUACAAAAUGAAUAUAUGGAAGCAUUAAAAAAUCCGAUAAUUUUUCUUGUCGCUGCUAAAGCUAUUUCUGUUAUAUCAUAUAUGUCUGUACUUUCAGGUACAUUUAUGUAUAUAAAAGUAAAUGAAAUUAUUACAAGUAUAUCAUUUGCAAUGAAAGAAACAUCAAAAAAAUCUUCUAAAGUUGAUCCAGUAUAUUGUUAUAGUCAAAUGUUUGAAUUUCAAAAAACUGUUUUAGUUAAUAUUCCUGUAUUUGUAAAAUAUUUUAAUUUAACAUGUAGUGAAGAAUUAACUAAAAAGUUUAUUGAUAUAUGUGAAAUAUAUAUUAAUGACAAAUUUCAACCUUCAGUAUUAAGGGAUAAAGCUAUAGAAGGGUUAAAAAUAAUUAGUGAUAAUUAA